UGCAUUAUUUCCGCCGUCCAUUCCAACCAACCACCGCCUCAGCUUACCUCAACUCGAACUCCUCCGAGCUGACUCGUCCAUGGAGGGCGACGACGGCGCUCCAUUGCGAUCCCCGGCGGAGGCACCUGGAUCCGAGGAGGAUGAGAUCCCGGCUGGCCUAACCGCCGACGAGUACUCCGAUCUGCGUCCCCGCGUCGAAUCCCACCACCGCUACCGCGUUGGCCCCGCGCCGUGCUCCUCCCUCCUGGCGCAGCGGAUCCACGCCCCAGCCGACACCGUCUGGUCCGUGGUCCGAUGCUUCGACCGCCCGCAGGUCUACAAGCACUUCAUCCGCAGCUGCGCCAUCAAGGGCGGCGGGGAGAUCCGCCCGGGCUGCCUCCGCGAGGUCAGCGUCAUAUCCGGCCUCCCGGCCAGCACCAGCACCGAGCGCCUCGACGUCCUCGACGAGGCCGCGCGGGUCACCGGCUUCACCAUCGUUGGCGGCGAGCACCGCCUCCGCAACUACCGAUCCGUGACCACCGUCGACGAGGUGCGCCCCAAGGGGGGCGGCGCGCCCUGGGCGGUGGUCCUCGAAUCGUACGUGGUGGACGUGCCGGAGGGGAACACGGAGGAGGACACCCGGCUCUUCGCAGACACCGUCGUCCGCGUUAACCUCCAGAAGCUCGCGUCGCUCACGGAGGCGAUUGCCGCUGAGGAGGCCGCAGCCGCCGCGGCGCCACAGCCCUCAGCCAGGUGAAGCGCCGCCCUAGACUCUUCGUCUGGGGUUUCCGAUGCGAUGUUGGUAAAAUUACGAAAACCUCCUCCUCAUUUCGUUUAUUGCAAAACUUGAACUCUUUAGACUCGGCCGCAUUAUCCAACCAUGUCUUUGCUGUUCUCUGAUUGUUAUUCUUCUUUCUAUUCUUCAAAUUUGUAUCCUGUAAAAGUGAUCGGAGCAGAUGAUUAUGCUUUUGGAGAAUGAAAGUUACAAUAUUUAUCCCCAUCUCA